CCUGUGUGCGGCCGUGGGUUCCGGAGGCGGUCCUUCUACUGACGGGAGGGUGGAGUGUGCUCCGGGUAAUUCGGUAGCUACGGAAAGCACUUACAGAAGGAAGAUUAUAAAUGUCAGAGCCAUUUAACUGAUGGGUUAGCUGUUGAAUUCUGAUGCUUUUUGUGCCAGCCUCUUCAUUGGAAAAAUUUCAGGAAAAGCAGAAGAGAACAUCCACAUUAGCAAUGGCUAUACCAAUAACAGUGCUUGACUGUGAUCUCUUGCUCUAUGGCCGAGGUCACCGGACCUUGGACCGUUUUAAGCUGGAUGAUGUAACUGAUGAAUACCUGAUGUCCAUGUAUGGAUUUCCCCGACAAUUCAUUUACUACUUAGUGGAACUCUUGGGGGCAAGUCUUUCUCGACCUACUCAGCGAUCUAGGGCUAUUAGCCCAGAGACACAGAUCCUGGCAGCAUUAGGGUUUUAUACCUCAGGUUCCUUCCAGACUCGAAUGGGAGAUGCAAUUGGAAUUAGUCAAGCCUCUAUGAGUCGCUGUGUUGCCAACGUCACUGAAGCCCUUGUGGAGCGGGCCUCACAGUUUAUUCACUUUCCAGCUGACGAAGCUGCCAUACAGUCUCUAAAGGACGAAUUCUAUGGAUUGGCAGGGAUGCCAGGGGUGAUAGGGGCAGUUGACUGUAUCCAUGUAGCAAUCAAGGCACCAAAUGCUGAAGACCUCUCUUACGUGAACCGGAAGGGUCUGCAUUCUUUAAACUGCCUGGUGGUAUGUGACAUCAGAGGGGCACUGAUGACAGUGGAGACAAGCUGGCCAGGUAGCCUGCAGGACUGUGCUGUGCUACAGCAGUCUUCUUUAUCCAGUCAGUUUGAAACUGGGAUGCCCAAAGAUAGCUGGCUUCUUGGUGACAGUUCCUUCUUUCUCCACACCUGGCUCUUGACUCCACUGCAUAUUCCUGAAACUCCAGCAGAGUAUCGCUAUAAUAGGGCCCAUUCUGCAACUCACAGUGUGAUAGAGAAGACUUUGCGGACCCUCUGCUGUAGGUUCCGGUGCCUGGAUGGAUCGAAAGGGGCGCUGCAGUACUCACCGGAGAAAUCCAGCCACAUCAUCUUAGCUUGCUGUGUCCUUCACAACAUUUCCCUGGAACACGGGAUGGAUGUGUGGUCCUCUCCCGUGACUGGACCCAUUGAGCAGCCCCCUGAGGGCGAGGAUGAGCAAAUGGAGUCUCUGGACUUAGAGGCUGACCGAAUCCGGCAGGAGCUGAUACUCACUCAUUUUAGUUAAUAUGGAAGGUAGAGGGAGGAGGAAGAGUUUCCAGAAUAAACUGUGACAACGUUCCCCCUUACUAGCCAUUGGGAAGUUCAAUCAUCCAGUGGUACUGAAUGUGGGCACUUGUCAUGAAUUAACAUUUAAAGUUUUA